AUGACCUUCAACGGCAACUGGAAAGUAGACCGCAGCGAGAACUAUGAGAAGUUUAUGGAACAAAUGGGUGUCAACAUGGUGAAAAGAAAGCUGGCGGCUCACGACAACCUCAAAGUCACCUUGGAACAAACUGGGGACAAGCUUCACGUGAAGGAGAGCAGUAACUUCAGGACAAUUGAGUUAGACCUUACCCUGGGAGUGACCUUUGAGUACAGCCUUGCAGAUGGAACAGAGCUAUCCGGCUCGUGGGUCAUGGAGGGAGACACAAUGAAGGGAGUUUUCUUCAGAAAGGACAACGGCAAACAGCUCACCACCACCAGAGUGUUAGUCGGAGACGAACUAGUACAGACCUACCUCUACGAGGGUGUGGAAGCCAAAAGGAUUUUCAAAAAAGCCUAG